AGAAGGAAGGUUUGAACAGCAGCGGCAGUGUGCUCCGUCCGAGUGAUCCUUGCUAUUCCUGUCACUGAGCCUGUCUCGGUUACUCUGUAAUCCAUCCCAGAGCUGGAGAGAGAGGGAGAGAGCUUCGUUCAUUACUACUGCAUAAUUUACAAAAUAAAACCCACACGCAUUUUAAUUUCUGCAAGACAAAAUACUGCCAACAGGAACGAUUUAUUUCGCUUUCGUGUUACAGAACGAGUUGCAAUUUUGGCUAUCCAUGAGCACUGAUUUCCGGCAGUACAACUUCAGGAUGCCAAACAUAGGGUUCCAGAACCUUCCACUCAAUAUCUACAUUGUGGUUUUUGGGACAGCAAUCUUUGUCUUCAUCCUCAGUUUACUGUUCUGCUGUUACUUAAUCAGGUUACGACAUCAAGCACACAAGGAGCUUUAUGCGUAUAAACAGGUCAUACUGAAAGAGAAAGUAAAAGAACUUAAUUUGCAUGAGAUCUGCGCAGUCUGCUUGGAAGAGUUCAAGCCGAAAGAUGAGCUUGGGAUCUGUCCAUGUAAACAUGCAUUUCACAGAAAGUGUCUGAUCAAGUGGCUCGAAGUAAGGAAGGUUUGUCCACUCUGUAAUACACCUGUCCUCCAAAAUAACCAAGAGUCAGGAGCUAUGAGUGGGACGGACAACCUCGUGUAGCACACACAGCUCGCAUUUCAACUCAAGAGAAAGGAUUUUCUUUUUUGUAUCAUCAUUACUUUUGUUCAUUUGUCGUUUCAUUUUUUCCGUGUGUGUAAUGGAACCGAGUCACAAGGUGGCAAUCCUGCGGACCCAUACCUGAGUGUGUGGUUAAUGGCGCACCGUGACACACCGCAAGGGGACUGGAGAGUCUCGAACACCAAAGCACUUUUUUUUUUGUCGCUGGUUCCACCAGGAGGUGCUGCUGGACCUGUCAGUACAACAUAGCAGCCAAUCUGACUUGAGUUAUACACGAAGGAGCACUUUACAAUGACUCAUUCUCCUCCCCUUUUCCAACUGUCACAGGUACAAAAAAAAAGAGACUGGAGGUGUGUACAGCAUAGGGUUUUCUUAAAGUUCCUUCAGAUUGAGCACUCGGGUGGCAAAAAGGGGCGUGUCAACAUUUUAAUGGAUAAGCAAACAAAGGGAAUGGACUUCGGCCUUUUCAAAGUGGAAGCUUUGAGCAUUACAUGACACUAUGCAAAGCAGCCAACCAGGAGGCAGGACUUCGCAAUGAUUUCAUGCUUAAACCCAAGUUUCAAAAUUGCCAAAACAGAAGUGUUGAAGCUCUCACUCCUAUUUUAGAUUAGGUCUGUGAAUGAUAAUGCUCGAGUUAUCGUUCACCGCCCUUUGUUCCUCUUGGCAUUAAAUCAUCGAACCAGCGAUGAUGAGGCACUUUCUUUUUGGGGGAGGGGUUGGAAAAGUGGUCAAACUCUGUUCAAGACACUACACAUAUGGCUGAAUGAGUGGAGCUCUUUGGGACAAUCCCCUUAGUUAAUAGAUGAUUUUAUUUUCCUUUUUUAAUGUAAAGCAUUAUUAAGAACAUUUUGUAAGAGUUUUCAAACACUUUGAGCCUUUGUGAACGCUUUCUGUGGUUGGUCAGGAGCUGAGAUGUGUCAGGAGUUCAUUCAGUCAGGCUCCUCCGGCAGGUGGAGAGAACAUUAUAGUGUUAAUUAGAGACCCCACUCAGAGUUUGAGUAGACAGCAGAUCUCAGCUGUCGAAUACAUCAGCAUAUGGUCAAUAGUGUAAGUGUGGUCAAUAGUGAGAUCCUUUGCAAAGAAGUAAUAUAAUGUUAAAAAAUAAUAAUGCUUUUAAAGAAAACAACGAAUAAGGAAUUUGGGUAAGAAAGGUGAGAAAAAUGUGAAGGUUGAGAAAGGAAAGGUGGAGGUGGGUUUGGGAAUGGCUAGAGAGCAAGGAGAGCUGCUUGGAAAACCGAAAACUAUCUGAACUGAAAUCAGACUAGGAUUAGCAUUGAACCUCUCAUCUGUGUUAGUAAGACAGGUAGCACUGGGAUGUGUACCAGCACAGCUAAUGAAAGCCUUGUGGACCUUUUCCUAAUUCUUUAAAAUUGGUGUCAUUGGUAGACAGGAUGGUUAAGAAGGCAUUUAGCAUGUUUGCCUUCAUUGCUCAGACUUUUGAAUACAGGAAUUAAAAUGUCAUGUUGAGUUUGUAUAGGAUGUUGGUGAGGCCUCUUCUGAAGUACUGUGUCCAUUCCUGGUUGCCCUGCGAGAGGAAGAAUAUUAUUAAAAGGGAGAGGGGUCUGAAAAGAUUUACAAGGAUGUUGUCAGGAAUAGUGGGUUUUGAUAUAUAAAGAUAGACUGGAAAGGCUGGGACAUUUUUUUUAGCUGCCACAUAGGAGGUUGAGGAGUGACCUUCUUGAGAUUUAUAAAAUCAUCAGGGGCAGAGAUAAAGUGAAUAGCAAGGGUCUUUUCCCUAGGGUUGGGGAGUUCAAAACUCUGGGGCAUAUUUUUAAGGUGAGAAGAGGAAGAUUUAAAAAGAUCACGAGGGGCAACUUUUUAACACACAGUUCGUGUGCAGAAUGAACUGCCGGAGACAUUGUAGAUGCAGGUAUAGUAUAACAUUAAAAAGACAUUUGGAUAAGUUCAUGAAUAAAAAAGGUUUGGAAGGAUAUGGGUCAAAAGCAGGCAGGUGGGACAAGAUUAGUUUGGCAGCAUUGUUGGCAUGGAUUAGUUGGACCGAAGGGUUUGUUUCCAUGCUAUAUGACAGUAUAACAUCAUUCAUUUAAAGACCAAUUUCCUCAAAGUUAUUGCAACCUUGUCCUGGUCUCCCAAUAAUGAGCAACAUAAAGAGGUGAUUCUGAAAGAAAGAUUAAAUGCUGGAGCUUUGUUCUGAGAUUCAGAAUGUUGCUGGUGCGGGCUGUUAGGAACCUACAAUUGAUUUGUUUUUAUCUUAUUUGAGUUACACAUGACCUUUAUCCGAAAUGCUUUUUUUGAGAAUGUCAGUGAAAAGUAUAUCGCAUUUGAAGUGAAAACGCUGCCAUUUUUGUUCCCCAUAUUUUUGUUUAACCUCCCCCAGAUCUCAGAAUGCCCAGUUCUUUAUAACAGAACAUUGUGAUGGCUUUACGCUUUCCCUCUUUAUCAGGCUACAUGACACUUUGUUAAAAGGCCUUUUUCCUUAUUGUUUCUGAGUUACUGUAACUAGUGAGCUGAACUUUUACAACUGUCUGUCGUGGGAUAAAGAAAUCAUCGAAUUUUAAAGCACAGUGGAGGCUUUGCAGCCCGUCAUACCCAUUCUAGCACUUUGACAAUGUUAUCCAAUUAGUCUCACUCCCUUCCUCUUACUCCUUUUUGUUGGGACCUCUGUUUUCUUCCCUUCAAUUGUAGACUCUUUUUCUUUUAGCUAGGCAGGAUGGUUCACUGUGUGAUUUUAAUGAGACCGAACUAUAAGUUCUUUUUGAACAAACUGGACCUUUUAGUCAGUUAGAAAUGUCCAGUUCUAAUUGCUGAUAGUGAGACACAAUGAAGCAGGAGGGUUGUCUUUUUCACUCUCUCUCUCUCUCUCUCUCUCUCUCUCUCUCUCUCCCUCCCUCUCUCUCUCUCUCUCUCUCCUCUCUUUCUCUCUCUCCUCCCUUUCUCUUUCCCUUUCUCUCUCUUUCUCUCCUCCCUUUCUCUCUCCCUUUCUCUCUCCUCUCUCUCUCUCUCUCUCUCUCUCUCUCUCUCUCAGUACCUCCUUUUGUGAGACAUUGUGAUGAUGGGAGGGUGUGAUAUUAACCUAACUUGCUAGACACAAAACCUACAGAGUCAGAUAGAAAGACAACUUUAUAUCAUUUCCAAAAUUACCAUCUAUGAUUCAUGAAGCCAAAAAUCAGGACUGGAUAUCCCGACCAUUCCAACUUACACUCAUCAAGGCAAGGUGUGACAGAGAUUGAAUCCUUGAAUAAUUUGUGUAAGGUAUUUUUCUUCUCCCAGAAGAUAGGCUCCUCUAUCAGCUGAGUUAGCAGGUCCAUUACCGACUGUGAAACUGAGCCUUCUGUCUGAGGGAAUGAGGCAGGUUCAAUCCUGGCUGCUGAGGCAGCUGAGUUUCAGAUAUAUCGGCAGAGAGUUUAACAACAUGUUCUAGAUCCAUAUUUAACCAAUCCAUAUAAUGCUGCGAAAGUUCACCAUGUUUGGAUUCCCUUUAUGUCCUGAUGCCUUCUGAAGAUAAAUAACCCACCGACAGUAUCUGUUAAAAACUGAUUACGUCACUGAGAUACCAAAGAACUAGAACAUCCAUGCUGUCAAACCCAUGGAGAGUGGUAUUCAUUAUUCAGCCAUUUGUGACCUGCCUUCAUUGGUUCUCAAUAGACUUGCUACUCGUUAUGGCAUUCACUUCUCUGAUCUUGGCCCAGGAUGCUGAUGACAUGGUUUCUCUAUGUAAUCCUGCUACCUGCUCCCCAGAAGGUGAAGGAAUCCUGAAGGGAAAUUCAUGAGAAGAGUUGAACAAAGGCCUAUUCAAUUGGAAUUAUUCCCCCAUGCUGUCUUCCUUUGCUAAAGUCAUUGGUUGUCGAUUGUUGUUUGCUGAGGAGUUGGGAGUUUGUUCUGCAGUGAGCUACUGAAAUGAAAUCCCCUCCUGACUGGUGCCACAACCGCGAGCUUCUCAAGAUGGCCAAUUGUUGGGUUUGUCAGUCUGCGAUGAGUCCUACACUGCCUCAAUUUCUAAGGCAAGGAGUCGAAGAGAUACAACCUGAGAAUUAUAUUUUUUUAAAAAAGCACAAUAAUACAAAGCACUUAACAUGUUGAUGGGCCAUUACAAGUCUGGAAAACCAAGCUUAAUCAUAUGACUUCCCAUCAAACAAAUUCCCAAUCACAGCCAAGCCUAUUCGGAAGAGGAAAGUAGAGCAGAACCAUCUCCUAAGAAAGGCCUAGAAACCUGCUGCUGUCUUAGAUGGGGAUUGAUGUAUGGUGGACGAGGACAAGGAAGUAAGGAAUUAUUUUGGUACAAGUAUCAAAACCGCUUGAAAUGAAGGAAUGGUGAACAAUGUUAAUGAAAGCUGUAACUAGAAGUGCCCUAUAGUGGGGCGUAGCUUUCAUCUCAAAUCAGCAUCUGAGCAAAUACUUCCAAAGACGACAAACGCACCACUUGCAACCCAUUAUCAGGUUACAAUUCUACAAGUAUAUAUGACUUCUCAAUUAUAGCACAAGGAACACAGUAUUUUGCAUUAACAGUGUCGUGACAAAUUGAAGACUGCCAGUUUCUGAGC